ACCCCUCCUCUUCCUCCUCCUCCCCCAUCUCGCUUUUCUGUUGACGUUUGGCUUUUGUGACUGUUUUACUAACAGCGCGUAAUCGUCCUUUGAAAACCACAUCUACCUUACUGGACUUUAUUUUUAUUGCGACUCGGUAUCGACUUUGAUCCAGCGCAAUCCGAACAAACGCGCAUAUAUCGCAAGAUAUUCGCCCAGGAUCUUUAAGGUUUUGUUCUCUUUGUCAUUCUGUCUUCCUGUGCUCAUCUGCGGAGGUUAUCGCCGUCGGUCCGUCUGCUCUGCGUGCUGUUAUUUUUGGGCAACAUCGACAUCAUUCACCCUAACCAAAACUGACCUUUAUAUUCAAAGCUCGAUGGUGUUUUAAAAUUCGUCGUGCAUGUUGUUACGCUAGGCUAACCGCCAGUAAUAGCUUGCGGGCUGCUCUGGAUCAGCACUUGUCUGGAAUAUUCGAGCGCGUUCGCGUUAGGUUUAAAUGUUCUGCAGAGCUGAUUCAGUAUACAGUUGUGCUAUCUCACGCCGUAAAUUGAUGGUUUGUAUUGUUGGAUAAUACAACCCGCAAGCUGAAUUGUAUAACUCCCCAGCAGAGACUGUUUUGCAUAUCUGAUAGGGGAGCUUGAUGAUUGGUUGACCAAUCAACGUUAACCUGAGGCGCUGUUGGGUUUCGAUUCGAGUCAGAACUUAAAGUCAGAAGUCCGAGUUCGAUCAAACCAAGGAGAAAAAAAAUGUUUCGCUACUUGAACGAUGUGGAUGACAGCCCAUACAUGAUGGAUCCGUUUGCGGCACACAGGCAUCAGAUGAGCAGUAUGUUCGGGCCAUUUGGCAUGGAACCGUUUCCUCUGACCCCUCAGAUACAGCAUCCACGUGCACGCAUUCAGCCACAGGCUGGAGCCCUGUCUCCUUUCGGCAUGAUGGGGAUGGGUGGGGGAUUCAUGGACAUGUUCAGCAUGAUGAGUGGAAUGAUGGAGAACAUGGAACGUAUCCCUGGUACUCCAAACUGCCAGACCUACUCCUCAUCCACAGUCAUCUCAUACUCGUCCUCAGACUCUGGAGCACCUAAAGUCUAUCAGCAGACCAGUGAAAUGCGCACUGCUCCUGGGGGUAUCAGAGAGACACGUCAAACAAUGCGUGACAGUGAAAGCGGGCUGGAGCGCAUGGCUAUAGGGCAUCACAUUCGUGAAAGGGGUCAUGUGAUGGAACGUUCAAGGAACAGACUAACGGGUGAUCGUGAAGAGAGACAGGACUUCUUUAACCUGGAGGAGAGUGAGGCAGCUGCCUUUGAUGAAGAGUGGAGGAGAGGGUUAGGGCGGUACCGCCCAACUAAUGCCCGUAGUAUAGAUUAUGGACAUGACCGGAGUGCGGGGGUGGGCCAGCAGCUGGCCCUAACAGCACCACCAAGCUCCUCCUCUCCCUCGCCUCGCCAUGAAUCACCACGCCACCAUCAUCAUCAAUCCCGCCCGCGAUAUGACUGGUAAAGUGAAGCACUCGGUGUGGAGUGAUCUACCUGAUGCUGUGAAAAUAGAGGAGAAGAAUAGUGAAGAAUAAUAUACCCGAAGAGUCAAAUGUUUGAUAGUUCCAAACUGUCUCAAUAUGUGUAGUCAGCUCCUUAUAGGGCAGUAUGCUGGAAUGGGGUGUCAUAACACGGGCUGAAAGUUUUAAACUGGAAUUUCAUCUGGCCUGUGUACCUCAUACCAACUUACUACUCUCAAAGCAUACACACCAGCAUUCAUCAUUCAACAGCUCUUUAACCUUGCGAUUAUACACACAUACAUAUACAUCUUUGUAUUUAAAUUAAUUCUCAUGCUUCCAAUAUUUCAAUAUCCAAAUAUUUAAUUACACACUACACACACGUGCACACACACACACAAAUUCACUGUAAAGUCCAUAUAUGUUUGUGUUGACACUAGGGUGUCUGUGGGUUUAACUGUACAAUGCUGACUAAUUAAACUUAUUACCUAAUUAAAAGAUCUUGUUACACCA